GAACAUUCUCUAAAAAUAAAUAAUGAAACACAGAUGACUACGAUUUCGUCAAUAUAUCUAUGUAGAUAUAAGAAUACCGAAUGCUUAACUUGUCGACACAUUGAAGAUCUACAGUAACUUUACCACACUUUACCACGUCUAAACCGAAAUUUCACAGCUACAAAAGCCUCUUGUGGAUACAUUGACUACAUUGACUGGAUACAUUGACUUACUAAAAAAUACUUUGAUUGGCAGACUGACUUGGAAUUGGCAGAAGGUGUGUGAUUGUUCUAUGGUGCGGACUCACAGAUAGUGCCAAGGCCACCUCACAACCACCCUCAAGGCCGGCAGGACAGUCAGGUGGCACUACUGUCUGAACCAUGCCACUUUUCUUUAGGAAGAGGAAGCCAAGUGAAGAUGCCAAGAGGCGCCUGGAGUAUCAGCUGUGCUUGUCUAAAGAGGCAGGAGCUGAUGAUGUCCUGGACAUUUCAUCCUGUGAGCUGAGUGAGGUUCCCUCCUGUGCUCUCUCUAUCUGUAAAGUGCUGCAGAAGAAGGCCCUCAUACUCAGUGACAAUGAGCUGAAGUCUUUCAUCCCAAAAGGCUGUUCAGUCAUCUCCCUCUUAACACUGAAGGUUUUAGAUAUUCACAAUAACAAGCUGGCCUCUCUCCCUGAUGACAUUGGCCUGUUGACAUCACUCCAGGUGCUGAAUGUAGAGAAGAAUCAUCUUAAAGGACUACCAAAAUCCAUUGGAGAUCUUUGCAGUUUAAAAACUCUCAAUCUGAAAGGGAACUGUCUGCCUGAGCUGCCUGCUGUGGUGGGGCACAUGAGGAGCCUGAGAACUCUGGACCUAAGUGAGAAUAAUAUCAGGGAGCUGCCCCAGUACUUGGCCCAUGCUCGCUGCUUGGAGUGCUUGACGCUGGACACGUCUCUGAUGACCUACCCUCAUUCCUCUGUGUGUGCUGCUGGCACUGAGGCCAUCCAGAGGUUCCUGUGUGCUGAGCUGGGCCUGGAGUACUGUCCACCCUCAGAGUGCCAGAAUGCCCCAGAGCCAGAUAGGACAGCCAUGGAGACUAACUGUGUCGAUGAGACUGACUUGGUCUGGCAGGAUAAUUUCAUGGGGUAUGAGAAGAGAAAGGAGCAGAAGCAGCAGGAGAAGCUGCUGUUUGAGCAGGAGCUGGAGGCGAAGCAGAGGGAACAGGCCCAUCUCAUCCACAUCAAGAACUCCAACAAGGACAAUGUCCUAAUGUGUGUCAGAGAGGAGCAGGAGCGUGUGGACAGGGGUCUGUCCCAACAGCAGCAGGCUCUGGAGGUGGAGAGACAUCGCAUUCUGCAGAGGGUGCGCGACACCGAGAGAAACGUCAUGGGCCGCAUCACCAGCUUGCUGCUGGACAACUCCCGCCAACUGAAGACAGCUGAGAUACUACAAGCCAUGGAGGAGGACAGGAUGCGUGUGGAUCAUCUCACUGCUGUGACUCAAGAUGAGGCUGACUCGCUGCGGAAGAAAGAGGUAGCAGCGGCCAUGCAGAAGAUGCUGUCUGAGAGUUUCUCCAUGCGUCUGCUGCAGGAGGCCAGUGAGGGCCGGAGACAGAGCCUGGUGACUGCGGCCUACCGGAGUAUAGAGAAUCAGGACAGGAAGCUGGAGCAGGUCUUAUUGCUGCAGCAGCUGGAGAAAUCUAAAGCCGUUGCUGAAAUCCUGCAGGAGGAGGAGAUGCAGAAGGCUGCCUUUGAGGCCCUGCAGCUGCAGAAGGAUAGUGUCCACGGUUAUAUUCGUAAUCAGAUUAAGCUAAUAGAAGCAGAGUUAAUGCAGCUGACACAUCUGGAGGUAAAGAGGAGGGAUCUGGAUGCUGAGAACCUGCAGUUUGUGAUGUCGGAUCAGCGCACAGCCCUGUCGGACAUGCUGCAGAUGCUUCUGAAGCAGAAGGACCAGAGAGAGAAGGAGCUGCGGCACAAUCUGAUUGAGCUGGAACGGAAGAGUGAUUCCAAUCUGCAGAACUACUGGAUGAUCCAGUACCAGAGACUCCUGGACUCGAAGCCUCUCUCACUGGCCAUGCAGGAGGCUGGCGUGGAGCGGGAUCUGGUGGAUCUGCUGUCCAAGCUCUCUGCUGAGCACUACCUGCCCAUCCUGGCUCACCACCGCGUCACGUCCAAGGCUCUCAAUCACAUGACCACCAGUGACCUCAGCAAAAUUGGUGUGAAUGAGGUGGGCAUACAAAAGGCUCUACUAAACUGGGCAAAGACACACAUCCCCAUGCCAACAAAGGUGGCCCUUGCGGCCGAGGAGGAGCCUGAGGCAGAGGAGGUAGCCGGCCCGUCCCAGCCCAGCGCCUCCUCUCCAGAGGCCACCCCUCCCCUGACCCCCUCGGCCCCCACCCCCACGGAGAGCCCCAGCAGCUCGGAGUGUGUGGUGUGCAUGGAGCGUGGGUCGCAGGUGAUCUUUCUGCCCUGUGGGCACGUGUGCUGCUGCUACGAGUGCAACGAGGCCCUGCAGUUGUGCCCGCUGUGCCGCGCUGCCAUCGAGCAGCGUGUGCGCCUCUACCACGCCUGACGAGGCCGAGUCCGUCCGUCAUGUCCGUUCAAAUCACCAACGCACCAGUUCUGAUGCAGUGUACUCACGCUGUCUUUCUGCAUGCACUUUCCACCAUAUUAGACUGCAAUAUUUCCCACUAAGACAUCAUCAUCAUCGCGAUGUUCAUCAUCUCUGCCCUCUGCCAAAGAGAAGCUCUUUAUCAUCGGCCAAAGCCAUAUGGAAUCAGUCCAGACCAUGAGAUACUUCAGGGGCUCUAUAAAGUGGGUCUGAGUUUUGAACUAAGUGCUAAGUCUAACUAAGUUUUGAACUAAGUCCUGUGAUCUAGUGUUUUCAAGAGAAAGAGAUGCGUUUAUAAGGCAGAGAAUGCUAAAGGAAAUGGUACAUCAGAGGGAAGUAUUUAUUUUCAGUUUGCAUGACAGUCAGUACUGUUCAUUUGUAUGCAUUUUAAUGUGGGAAAGUCUAAAAUGUGAAGCCAUUUGGAAUUAUGUUUUUGUGUUUGUUUUUUAUGUCUAUCUCUCACAAACUUAGUUAUAUUAAUAAGAGCUGUUGUUAUUCAGUAGACAGAUGAAUUCAAGUAUGUUAAAGGUCUUAUCUCAACAUGCCCAUCUGUAAGUGCCCUAAACUGGAUGGUAUAAAUCUGUUUUACACUGACAGUGAAUGCUUUCUUUCAACACCUGAUCUCCGCACGUGUGCCUUUUCCUGUUUGUGGCAUCUAUACGUCACAACAAUCAUGAGUAGUACUCUAUAGUCCUCUCUCUUCCACUACUGGCAUAAAUGGCAGUCAGACUAAAGGUGCUUUGAGGACAGCCAGACCAUCUAUGCUGUCCACAUCACAUCACCUAAUAAUUACUCCACUUCCCACACAUUUAACCCCACACCCUCCCUCCAUAUGAAAGGCAUCAUUCUAAUUUUCACCCUUUACAGUCUCAUGCGACUUAAGUGCUCUUACUAUUCAUACUAACAGUGCAUGCUUUCCAUUACAUUACUGUACAUAUACUGUAUGCUGAAUACAUAUUAUACUCAAUAAAUUAUUUAUCCCUAAAAUCA